CGUUGUUCUUUUAAGCAACAUUGCUUUGCAUGACCAUCUCAUUGAAUGCUUUCUUUCCCUUGCAUCCCUUUGACGCGACAAACCCAGUCAUUUCCCAUUGUCGUUUUGCCACCCUUCCUCUGCCUUCAAGCCAACUAGGAUCCCAUGGCAGAUAUAUUAAGCCCUUCAUGAUCCCUAGUCCCUCCCACCUCUCAUCAUAAACAUAAUCCUAUCGUUACCAACAAUCGCACCUUGUCACUUGCGCGUAUAAAGCAUGAACAUUCGGGACAAGACGUUUUAUUCCGACUUCAAGAUCUUCAAGGUGGAGAACGUCCUCUUCAAAGUACCAACCGACGCCCUUACAGCUGAAUCCGAAGUCUUUCGAGACUUGCUGAAACUUCCGCCGGUGCCGUCAAAUGUGGAGGGCUUGUCGGAUGAGAACCCGAUCCAUCUUGAAGGUGUCUUAUCCAACGACUUCCGCCAACUUCUGAGAAUCAUUUGUCCUAGGUUCAAGUCUACCCAAGUUCUAUCAUUCACUCAGUGGACGUCAGUCUUGAAACUCGCGGAUCAGUAUAUGAUGGAUUCGGUCAGAUCGCAUGCUAUCUUCAUCAUGGAUCAGCAAUCCGAUUUCGAUCCUAUCGACAAAAUCGUCGUCGCGAGAAGAUACUCGAUCAAAUCAUGGCUCACACCGACUUACAACAAAAUCCUCCAACGUCCUCAGUCUUUCACCCAGCACGACCUUGAGCGCUUAGGAUCUGAUACUGUCCUGAAACUCGUAGCGUUGCGCGACCGACUUAAACCGAUGGAAAAUUCUCGAUUUGGGAACUUCGGACUGUGGUCUCUUGGCACAAAGAGAGAGGCCAUAUCUGUCGAUUUUACUGAGGCAAUCGAAGAGACCUUAUCCGACUGUCAUGUGCAGAAAUUGACUCCGAGUCAAAGCAAAGUGCAAGCACGCUCAUUGUAAACGCUCCGACCGAUAUGUUCAUUUUUGCUGCCGAACCCAGUGGGAUUCCGGCCACGUCCGCAACCCCAGCUCGAAGAUUUGGUUUGCGCA